AUGUCAUUGGCACCCAAGUUCGCCGGCCAGAAGCUCGCCUCUGGCGUGAAGACGGUGCACACGCUUGAGCUCUACCUCGACUAUGUUUGCCCGUUCUCCAAGAAGAUGUUCACGACCAUCUACGACCACGUCCUCCCCACCAUCAAGUCCAAGUACGACUCCAAGCUUCAGAUAAUAUUCCGCCAACAAAUCCAGCCGUGGCACCCAUCGUCGACGCUCGUGCACGAAGCCGGCGCCGCGGUGCUCCGGCUGGCGCCGGCCAAGUUCUACGAUUUCAGCAAGGCGCUGUUCGACCAGCAAACCGACUUCUUCGACGUCAAGGUGGUGAACGAGACGCGCAACAAUACGUACAAGAGGCUGGCCAAGAUCGCGGCGGGUGUCGGGCUUGACGAGAAGGAGGUAUACGAGCUGUUGGAGAUCUCGGACAAGCCCGGGCCUGAUGGGUCGUUGAACAGCGGGAACAAGGUGACGGAUGAUGUCAAGGUCAUGGUCAAGACGAACCGUCUUGUGGGCAUCCACGUCACGCCGACCGUCGUCUUCAAUGGUGUUGUCGAGAACAGCAUCUCCAGCAGCUUCACCAAGGAGCAGUGGGAGGAGUGGCUUGAGAAGAACGUGGUCUGA